AUGUCCUCCUUCAAGAUCCUGCUGUCCAUUUGCGCCUGUAUCUCCAUCUUCCAAGUCCAUGCUAGAUCCUUCAGUCCCUGCUUUUCCUCUCACCCAUGUUGCGAAGAACUGCAGCUGACAGUGGAACAAGUCAUUGAGCUCCCAAAAGAAGGGCCAUACAGUAAUGGAGAAGCACGAGCAGGAUGUAGAAGGGUUAUUAGAAAACUGGAUCCAUCGGAUCAUCUUGAGGGCACUAGUGCCCUUGAUCAGGCUAAAGACAGUAGAGUUGCUACUCAGGCUACAAUUCGAUGGAGGCAAAUGGGGAAUGAUGAGAAGAUGAUGGUAGUUCAAGCAGAAAUGAAGAGAGUGAACCAACUUCCUGUAAGCAGCAGCUAUGCAACACAUCGUAAGCGAGUUCUCAACAAAGUAUUGCAACUUAUGUCCAUUCAGAGGUCUAAAACACAGGAGGAAGAGUUGGAGCUGCUUUUUGCUGGCUUAUCUCUCUGACAAACAAACCCAAAAUAUAUGAGCACUGGUUAGUUUUCACUAUAAUUAUAUUGAUG